UCAGUACACAGCCUGCAGCCAGCCAGUCUGGGAUCUCCCAAUGCCCAGCAAGGAGCAACUACAAGGGGCAGCACUAUGGGCUUUGAAUUAGAUCGCUUUAUCGGGGAAGUGGACCCAGAUUUUAAAUGCAACCUAUGCAACCGAGUGCUGGAGGACCCCCUGACCACCCCCUGUGGACAUGUGUUCUGCGCAGGAUGCGUCCUGCCUUGGGUGGUACAACAAGGCAGCUGCCCGGUGAAAUGCCAACGAAUCUCUGCCAAGGAGCUCAACCACGUGUUGCCCCUGAAGAGUCUGAUUCUCAAGCUGGAUAUCAAAUGCGACAACCACUCCAGGGGUUGCGACAAGGUGGUCAAGCUCCAAAACCUGGGGGAACACGCCGAGAUGUGCGACUACUCGCCCGCAAAGUGCCGGAAUAAGGGGUGCAAUGAGGUGUUCAACUUAAAGGACAUGGAUGCCCACAUGAGGGAGUGCUGCGAGCACAGGGCAGUUGGCAUCUGCCAGAAGGGAUGCGGUCUUAUGUUGACUUAUAGGGAGCAAAAGUCCGGGGAUCAUUGCUGUUUGAAAGCGGUAAAGGGGCAGAAUAGCCUUCUCCAGACCAAGAUAGCCGGGCUGGAGACUGAGCUCAAGAAGAGGGCGCUGAGAUCAAGCAAGAGGGAGAAGUCUCUGCUGUCCCAGCUCUCUGCUGUGCAAAAUGAGCUGCAGAUGACAGCGCUCAGGUACCAGAAGAAGUUCACAGAGUACAGCGCCAGGCUGGACUCUCUCACCAAGGCAGUGGCGUCUCCUUGCAAGGGAGAAGAGACGACCGCACUCACUCUCGUUCUCCACCGAGAAUCUGGAUCCCUGGGAUUUAAUAUUAUUGGUGGCCGCUCGUGUGUGGACAACCAAGAUGGACCCUCCAGCGAAGGAAUUUUUGUUUCAAAAAUAGUUGACAGCGGCCCGGCUGCCAAGGAAGGCGGACUCCAGAUUCAUGACAGGAUUAUCGAGGUAAAUGGAAAAGACUUAUCAAGAGCCACGCAUGACCAAGCGGUGGAAGCCUUUAAAACAGCCAAAGAACCAAUCGUGGUGCAAGUUCUACGGAGAACCCCUCGCACAAAGAUGUACAGCCCCCCCUCCGACACCCCGAUGAUGGACAUGGGGACACAGACUGACAUAACCUUCGAGCACAUCAUGUCUCUGACCAAAAUGAACUCUCCGUCUCCGUCAGUGUCUGCUCUGAACCCCUAUCUCUUAAAUGAAGAGCAUUCAUCACCUCACGAAUAUUUUGACCCCAACGACUUCAUGGGAGGUUUGCCUCAAGAUAUUGACAGAGAUGAGUUAGAAUUGGAGGAAAUAGACUUGUACAGACUGAACAGCCAGGAUAAGCUGGGGCUGACGGUGUGCUACAGGACGGAUGACGAGGACGACAUGGGGAUUUACGUCAGUGAGAUCGAUCCUAACAGCAUUGCCGCUAAAGAUGGACGAAUCAGAGAAGGAGAUCGGAUAAUACAGAUUAACGGCAUCGAUGUUCACAACCAUGAAGAAGCCGUCGCCCUUCUCACCAGUGAAGACACCAAUGUUUUCUUAUUAGUGGCCCGGCCAGAACUACAGCUGGAUGAAGGAUGGAUGGACGACGACAGAAAUGAUUUCCUGGAUGAUUUACACAUGGACAUGCUGGAGGAGCAGCACCACCAAGCAAUGCAAUUUACAGCCAGCAUGCUCCAGCAGAAAAAACUUGACGAAGAUGGAGGAACCACAGACACGGCAACCAUAUUAUCCAACCAGAUUGAGAAGGACAGCGGCAUUGGGCGCACGGACGAAAGCACUCGCAACGAUGAGAGUUCGGAGCAGGACGAUCACACAACGUCCUCAAAUACUCUUGGCAGUCAGAAGAAACUCAUGUACAGUCAGGACACUUUGGGGAGCGGAGACAUGCAGUUCAGCAACGAGUCCUUCAUAUCUGCAGAUUGCACGGAUGCUGACUUCUUGGGCAUCCCCAUGGAUGAGUGCGAGAGAUUCCGAGAGCUCCUCGAACUCAAGUGCCAGGUGCAAAGCUCUUCGCAACGCAGUAGAUAUUACCAAACCAGCACCAUGGAGACCAAUCGGAGCGACCAGGAGAGUGUAGACCGGGAACUGGAGAUGUUGAACGAAGAGUUGCACAGCAUCGAGCUUGAGUGUUUGAACAUUGUACGGGCACACAAAAUGCAGCAGCUAAAAGAGCAAUACAGAGAGUCCUGGAUGCUACACAAUAGCGGUUUCCGAAAUUACAACACUAGUAUCGAUGUCCGCCGCCACGAACUUUCCGAUAUCACCGAACUGCCAGAAAAGUCAGACAAGGACAGCUCAAGUGCCUACAACACCGGGGAAAGCUGUCGUAGCACCCCCCUGACUUUAGAGAUUUCCCCUGACAACUCAUUACGUAGGACAGCCGACGCUGCCAACUGCCCAGGUGUCGAGGGGGCAGCGGGUAGUGCCGUUUACAAUGCAGCCCAGAAGAAUAUGAGAUCAAGUGGAGAGAGUCGAGAGUCCAGCCCGGCCAGACACCUCCAACAGGCCAAAGACUCCGACCCAAGCAAACCCACGGAAGUCAAAGACAAAAAAGCCAUCGAGGUAGGCAAAAGCCUCUCAGAGAAGCAAUCUAACUCCUUUGCGCCACCGUUUCGGCACUCCCCUUAUAAACACGCCCACAUCCCCGCCCACGCUCAGCACUAUCAAAGCUACAUGCAGCUUAUCCAACAAAAAUCUGCGGUAGAGUACGCCCAAAGCCAAAUGAGUUUGGUCAGCAUGUGUAAAGACUUUCAGAACACGGCAGAAACCAGGAUGGAAUGGAAAGUGAAGGUACGGAGCGAUGGGACGCGUUACAUCACGAAACGACCAGUCCGAGACAAGUUGUUGAGAGAACGUGCCAUCAAGAUCAAGGAAGAGAGGAGCGGCAUGACGACGGACGACGACGCCAUUAGCGAGAUGAAAAUGGGACGUUAUUGGAGCAAAGAGGAACGGAAGCAACAUCUCCGCAAGGCUUCAGAGCAGAAGAAAAGAAGAGAGUUCAUGAUGCAGAGCAGGCUGGAUUGUCUCAAGGAGAAACAGACGGCCGAAGACAACAAGGAGGUCAACAUCAUCGACCUCAGCCACAAAAAGAUGAUGAAGAAGCGCAACAAAAAGGUUUUUGACAACUGGAUGACAAUACAAGAACUGUUAACACACGGUGCGAGGUCUCCCGAUGGUACGAGGGUCUACAACUCCCUGCUCUCCGUCACAACUGUAUAAAUUGUCCAAAUGAAUGUUUUUGGGCUUCUUUUUUUUUUUUUUGUAUAUAACAAACUACCGCUGUGGUAGAAUUCCCGCCUCGUUCAAUGUGGCAAAUGUUUUUGUUUUGUAAAUAUAAGAUAAUGACGGUCACUGUUAAUAGUUUUUUUUCUUCUUUUUUAUGAAAAAUUAUUUCACAUCUUACAAUUGGACUUAUGUAUAUAACCAACGCGCCGCUGGGUCAUUAAAGUGGAGCUCCACCUUUGAUAAACCAUGUCAAACCUGACAACUUCAUCAUACAUUUUCCACAACUUUUUUGUUUUAUUUUUUGUUGGGUCGAUGGUGUUAAGAAUUUUAUUUGUCUUUCUCUGAUUUGAGUAUUGUAUCUGAUUUGAGUUUUUAAUAUUGAGGACCUAAUCUUCAGGAUAGGUCAUCAAUAUCUGAUCGGUGGGGGUUCGAUUCCCGGCACGCACGCUCAUCAGCUGCGGCGCUGCAGUGAGAGUUGCAGCCUCCUCACA